CGCAGGCGCGCUGUUCCGCUCCUCGGAGAAGGGGGAAACGAUCCUCUCGUUCAGAACAUCGCUGACAAGCCACCGGGAUACACGCAAUUUGCAUCUUUACUAAAUCUGACUCAAAGGAUCAAAAUGGCUCAACUGCGGAUCAGCAUUUUUCUUACUUUUCUACAUUUUGGACAUACAUUUUCAUCAGUCGGUCUGGACGCUUCGGAAAUGCCGACCAUGGGCACGAGCGAGGAGCCCACCCCCGCCCCUGCCGCCCCCAGGAGAAGAGAAAAGCCAAUUACGCUAGAGGAUAUUUUGCCUGAUGACCCGAUGCUGUACGAUAAGAUGGCUCCGCCGAAAGUGGAAGAUCACCCCACCAUCGUUCGAUUUCACGUCACCGUCAUGAGUCUCGACUCUAUUGACGAAAGCUCCAUGACAUUUGUGGCAGACAUAUUCUUCGCGCAGAGCUGGCAGGACUACCGGCUGCAGAUGCCGGAGAACAUGACCGGCGACUACAGACUGCUGCCGGUGCAGUGGCUCAACGACAUUUGGCGGCCGGACUCGUUCUUCAAGAACGCCAAGAAGGUCACCUUCCAGGAGAUGACCAUUCCUAAUCACUACGUGUGGAUCUACAACGACACCACCAUCCUCUACAUGGUCAAACUCAACUUGCUGCUCUCCUGCGUGAUGAACUUUAAGACCUACCCGCACGACACGCAAAGCUGCUCUAUGCAGAUUGAAAGCUUAUCGCACACAACAGACGACCUGGUGUUUCUGUGGGACCCGCAGAUUCCGCUCGUCGUGGACAGAAUCGAGUUGCCCCAGCUGGACCUGGUGAACAACGUGACCGGCGACUGCAGCCAGUCAUAUUCCACCGGGAAUUUCACCUGUCUUGAGGUGAUUUUCACGCUGAAACGACGCCUCGGCUACUACAUCUUCCACACGUACAUCCCGACCUGUCUGAUCGUCAUCAUGUCGUGGAUCUCGUUCUGGAUCAAACCGGAAGCAGUGCCUGCCAGGGUCACCCUGGGUGUCACCUCGCUGCUCACCCUCUCCACGCAGCACGCCAAUUCGCAGAAGUCGCUGCCGCCCGUUUCUUACAUCAAGGCUAUCGACGUGUUCAUGUCGACGUGCACCAUCUUUGUGUUCUUCUCGCUGAUGGAGUACGCUUUGAUCAACGUGAUCCUCGGCGAUUUCGUUGACUCCGACCGCUCCAUGAUCAAGAGCAGCUUUCGCUCCAUGACCAAACGCCUCAGCACCAAGUUCAGGCGGUCCAAAAACAAGACCAGGAAGAACAGCUGCAUGUCGGAUGGUGGUCAGUCAGCCUCGGAGCUGGAGGACGCGGAGGCGGUGGUUGCAGCCACGGCGGCGGCCAACACGGCCAAGUACCGGUUGCGCGCCGACCACCAAACGUGCCGCCGACGCGCCAUCUGCGUCGACCGCGUUUCCAGGGUCCUCUUUCCCUUCCUCUUCGGCGUCUUUAAUGCAGGCUACUGGAUCGUUUACAUGUUCGUCUAUGUAGAUGAAAACCUCACCAUUUAAAAUACAAAAAAUGGUCUUCUUCUAAUUUAAAAGUUUAAAAAUAAUUAUCACGUUGUGUGAAAAUUAAGAUAUUUUUUAAGGAGCUGAUCAGCGGAUGCAGUGUGGGAAAAUAUAAUGCACUUAAAAUGAAUUGACACACAAAUUCCUGGCAAAUUCUUGCACCACGGUGGAACAAAACACACGCACAAAUGGAACAUGUCGCUAUAUUUAGGGUUGGGUUAGUUUAUAAUAUUAAUAUAUGUGUGUAAUAUUUAAAUUAUUAAAAUAUUAAGUUUGUUUUUUAGUGAUAUGCACCUAAAAAUGUGUACAUAGACUAUCAUUAAAUUAAAUGCACAAAGACAAACAACCAAAUAAUUGUAUGGCGCAUAACAUUAAAUAUAUGUAAGUAAGCGUACGUUUAAUAAAUAAAGCGUAUGAAGU